GGCCGGGACCAUGGCCAUGGCGACGGUGAACCUCCGUGCCGUGACCUCCUGGGUGGGCAUCGCCCGGCUCUUUGCCGUCGUGCUGUCCUGCGUCGCCUUCAGCUUGGUGGCCUCCACGGGGGAGUACAAGAGUCCCUAUGGGACGUGGUGCAUGUUCACCUGGUGCUUCUGCUUCGCCGUGACGCUGGUGGUGCUCGUGCUGGAGCUGCUGGAGUUCUACUCUGCGCUGCCAAUCUCCUGGGAUGACUUCACCUCGGCUUUCUCCAUGCUGGCGGCGUUGAUGGUCUUCACCACCUCGGUGGUCUACCCCUCCACCUCCAUCGGCAGCCCCUGCAGCAGCCACUGUGCCCAGAAGGCUGUGGCCACCACCGCCUCCUGCCUCUGCUUCCUCGCCUACGCCCUCGAGGUGGGGCUGACCCGCGCCAAGCCGGGGGACAUCAGCAGCUUCCUCUCCACCGUGCCAGGCCUCCUCAAGGUCUUUGAAGUCUACGUGGCCUGCCUCAUCUUCUCCUUGCUGGAUAGCUACGCUUCAGAAGCCGGCCUGCAGUGGUGCGUGGCUGUCUACUCCAUCUGCUUCAUCAUCACCUUCCUCAUCAUCAUCUUCACCAUCGGCCGGUGCCUCGCCUACAUUCCCUGCCCGCUGGAGAAGAUGCUGGUGGGCUACAACGCCCUGGCCCUGGUGAUGUACAUCACCGCCACCGUCCUCUGGCCCCUUUACAGCUUCAAGGACACUAAACGCCCCAACCCCUGCAACAGUGAGUGCACCUGGAACAAGCACCUGGGGGUCACCUUCCUCACCAUCUUCAACCUCAUUGCCUACUUGGUGGACCUGAUCUACUCCACCAGGAUGGUCUUCAUCAGGACCCCUUCAUAAGGGCGAGGGGUGGCCCCUGUGGGGCGAGGGGUGGUGGGACGCGGCUUGGGGGCCGGUGCUGGUGUGGGGCUGCCAGCGGAGCUGAGGAAGAGGUUGGACGCCUCGGAAAGCUCCUUCUCCCCGCGCCAGAGCGGAGAGGCACCGGGUGCUCCUGCAGGGAGCCCGGCCUGGGGAGGGGGCCUGGUGAGGGGGUCCAGGG